GAUUAGCAGUUUAUGAAUAAUUCAGUGUUUAGGCUGAUGUCUGAUUCAUGUACUUCAAAUCCGAGAGCUGCUUUUGGAGGGAAGAGGAGGACGGUCGGGUGUUUGUUGCUGCCCGUCGAGGCCGCACUCCGCAGAGCCACGCGGUGCUCAGUGGCUGCUCGGUGACGCGGCUCCGCCACCCGCGCUGAGCCCUACGGCACCAAUGCCGCAGCGCUGGCCACGCAGGGGGGCACGCAGGGCUGCCCACACGCGGGGCCUCUGAGCACGGCAGCACGCGAGGUGUGAGCAAACAGCUGUGGCUGCUGCAGGAGCCCCACCCGGCCCACAGCGCACUGAGAGGAGUUCACAGCACGUGCCCGGGGCCGCCGCUCGCCCUCCCGUCCUUUUCCAACCGUCUGCUCGCAGCAUUCCUUCUCCUUCCAGCCUCUCACAAAGAUUUGGGCAGGAGCUCUCGGGCUCACCUGUGUCCGCUGCGGUGGAGACCCGGCGAUUAGCGGCUGCCCAACCGGCCCUCGCCGUUACCGUGCCGAAUCAGAUAAAUUAGCUGCAGGUGUGGUGGACCUGAGAACAGGGUUGAGUUCUGCAGUCCCUGGUUGCCGUUUGGGAGCUGCGCUGCCAUGGAGUCCCAACCAGCCAAAGCCGCCGGCGCUGCCCGGCUCUCCAGCCUGCUCGCCCGGGGCCGGCGGAGCCGCCACCCCCCCACGCUGCACAUGGUGCUCGAGGCGCUGCAGGCGCAGGAUGGGAAGAAGGGCGUCUCAGUCGUCGCCAUCAAGCGCUUCAUCCUGGCCAAGUACCCCGCGGUGGACCCCGUGCGCCUCAAGUAUCUGCUGAAGCGGGCGCUGGCGACCGGGCUGAGCCGCGGCUUCCUGGUGCGGCCCCACAACUCCUCCGCCCUGGGGGCCACGGGGCGCUUCAAACUCGGUCCUAAGAGGCUGCAGCAGAAACAGGCGCCGGGCCGGGAGGAUCCAGGGGAGGGACCGGCCCCGAAGACGGGACGCAGAGGGGCUGCCGAGGCUGCCCGAGCCCCUGCGGUGGUGCGGAGCGAUGGAGGGCAAGGCACUGCCAAGGAGAAGCCAAAAGCAGUGAAGAGGAAGCCAAGGGCAAAGCCUGCAGAUGCACAGCCAGCGGUGGGGAAGCCCGGGAGUGAUGGAGCAAAGGCCCACCAGGCCCCUGGCAAAGGGCGGUCGCAGCCCCCCGCAGCUCCUGCUGCCAGGGGUGUGCGGGAGGACAGUGCCGACCGCCCUGCUGGUGCUGGGGUGAAGAGACCCAAAAAGACCCCAGCAGCCAAGAGCAAAGGGGAGGUUCCUGAGGAGGCCCAGGAAGCUGCCUUGAAGAAGGGAGGUAAAGCCAAGGCAAGGAAGCCCCAGGCUGCUCUGGGUGCUGGCCAGGGGGGAAAGACCAGAGCACAGGAGGCAGCUACUGGCAGGAAGGUGUCAUAGGGGCCCCAGGACUUUGAAGCACAGCACCAUCCCCAGCUGAGUCUAGGCUUUGGGGUAGGAGCUGGUUUUAAUUCCCAGGUGUUAAUUCUCUGUUCAUCUACUACUAAUAAAGGUUGUCUGAUUCAUGGAUUAGCACAACUCCUGCCCUGCAUGCCCAUCACUCAAGGCCAACAACCU